ACCUCUCCCUCAGCCCUCACACGCCGCCGCUUCCACUGCUCCUGCCCCGACGCGCUGCCUGCGCCGCCGCCCCACGCCGCGCCGCCGCCCCUGCUUGCCUGCUUGGGGGUGUUGGGUGGCUCCGCCGCUCGCCCGCUUCGGCCGGCCGUCGCGGCCCCGCGGCCCGCGCUCUGACACCGGCGCGGCGGCGCACCUCGGCGCCUCCGCAGCGGCGCACCAGCCCGCGGCCACCAGCCACCUCCCGCCCCGACGCGUCCGCGCUGUGUGCUGGAAUAUUUUUUUUUAUCAAUAAUGGUUGAUGGGUCAUAGAAAGAACUGAAAGAUUCAUAGCUCCAAUGCUCCUGCGGCGGUGGCCUAAAUGCACUGCUGAAUGGUUCAGGCACAGGAAGGUUUUCCCGUGGGGAGCUGCUUCCUGCCCCUUCUCUGUAUUCACUGCUUCAGCUCAGUUAGAUGACUCGAGCGGUGAUGAAAAGCUGAAUUGUGCUCCUGAUAAUGAACCUUUCCGUAAACGACGCCGGUCUCUGAGCUCUGACAGUGUUGUGCAGACGCUCCGCUGCCUGAGGAGGAAGCCUGCUGUUGCAUUUGCCUACUUUAAAGAUACACAGAGCCUUGGGUUUCACCAUGACUUCUCAACCUUCUCAGAAAUCACACAAAUUUUAUCCCAUUCAUUCCAGGGGAAGAUGCUGGUGUCCUUAUUUUGUGAUAUUAUCUCAGCAACUGAUAGUGGCAGUCCAGAAAUCUUAACACUGCUUGAUCACCUCAGGAAAACAUGUGUCACUUCUCACGUGCUCUCGUUUGCUGUAAAUUGCUUGAUCAAGGCAUACACCACAUGCUACGGUGCACAAGCAACAAUAGAGGAAUUUUGUCACCUUUGCAGGCUUGGAUUUCUCCCAACAGUUUGGGCUUGCAACUUUGUGCUCAAAUUUGGAUCACAGAGUGGUGAGUCCAAUAUGGUUGUCGCAGCUUAUGAGCAAAUGAAGUGCUUUCAGUUGACGCUGGAUUCUCAUUCAUUGUACAUAGUCACUAGGUCGCUUUUUCAAGCAAAGAAGGCAGAUGAAGCAUUCCAAGUGUGGAUUGGGAUGAUUGAAAUGGGAGUGAAACCAGAUGUACGUGGGUACUCGUCAUUUAUAAUUGGCCUUUGUGAUUGUGGAAAGUAUGAACUAGCUUAUAACAUGGUAAGCAGAUAUACUGUUCUACAAGAGAUUACCCAGGAGAGGGUUCCUAUUGAGGCCAUGGCUUAUAACAUGGUAAUUGAUGGACUAUGCAAAGAAAUGAAACUGGAGGAGGCUGAAAAAGUCUUGGAGAACAAGACCAAACAUGGAUCUGCCCCUGAUCUAUAUGGUUACAGCUAUCUCAUUCGUAGUUAUUGCAAAAUGGGUAACCUAGAAAAGGCGUGGCAACAUGUUGAAGCCAUGGUAUCCCAUGGCAUCGAUAUAAAUUGUCACAUUGUUGGCUACCUUCUACAGUGCCUCAGGAAAUUAGGCAUGACAUCUGAAGUUAUUGUGUACUUCCAGAAAUUUAGAGAUUUAGGAGUCCAUUUUGAUGGUGUGCUUUAUAACAUUGGCAUGGAUGCUUAUUGCAAGCUCGGAAACAUGAAUGAGGCAGUUCAGCUACUGAAUGAAAUGAUGGCUGAAGGUUUGGUACCAGACAAAAUCCACUAUACAUGCCUGAUCAACGGUUACUGUCUCAAAGGAGAAGCAGAAAAUGCUUGGCAAGCAUUUGAGCAGAUGCUGAAGGCAAAUAUAAAACCAGAUGUAGUUACAUAUAACAUACUGGCUAGUGGAUAUAGCAGAAACGGUCUUGUUAUGAAGGUAUUUGAUCUUCUAGAGCACAUGAUGGAUCAAGGGUUGGAGCCUAAUUCACUCACCUAUGGUGUAGUUAUUGCUGGCUUUUGUAGAGGAGGCAACCUAAGUGAAGCAGAGGUGUUAUUUAAUAUAGUAGAAGAAAAAGGGAUCGAUAAUAUUGAAGUGAUGUACAGUUCUAUGGUUUGUGGCUAUUUGCAGUCAGGCUGGACUGACCAUGCUUACAUGCUUUUUCUUAGGGUUGCUAAACAAGGAAAUAUGGUGGAUCAAUUUUCAUGUUUAAAAUUGAUAAGCGGCCUUUGUAGAGAUGUAAAAGUCGAAGAGGCUUCAACUGUAUGUAGUAUGAUGCUGGAAAAGAAUGUUGUUCCUGAUGUAAUUUCCUAUAGCAAACUCAUAUCAGCUUAUUGUCAAACAGGAGAUAUGCACAGUGCUCGCUUAUGGUUCGAUGAUAUGGUUGAGCGAGGACUUUCUGAUGUGAUUGCAUACACUGUAUUGAUGAAUGGUUAUUGCAAGGUUCGCCGGUUUAAAGAAGCGUUUGACUUAUUUGAUCAAAUGAGAAAUUUAGGAAUCAAGCCUGAUGUAGUUGCAUACACUGUGCUAUUGGAUGGCCACCUAAAGGAGAUCCUGCUCCAAGGGUGGCAGGAUAUUGAAUGUAAGGAAAGGAAGAGUUUUCAUCUUAGAGCAGAGCAUAAGAAGUUGCUGAAAUCUAUGAAAGACAUGGAAAUUGAACCUGAUGUAACCUGUUACACAGUAUUGAUUGAUGGACAGUGCAAAGCAGAAUAUCUAGAUGAAGCUCAGGGAUUGUUCGAUGAGAUGUUAGUGAAAGGACUUACUCCUGAUGUUUACACAUACACAGCUCUCAUAAAUGGAUACUGCAGCCAGGGAGAAAUAGCUAAGGCUGAAGAUCUUUUACAAGAAAUGAUGGAUAAGGGAAUGAAGCCAGAUGAACUGACCUUUUCAGUAUUACAUCAGCGAACCUUAAGAUAAAGGAUCAUUCAUAUUUAUGGUGUACAUGGCUGUGUGUUGAUGAAUGACUGGAGAUCAUGCCAACAUAAAGCCACCUGCAGGCUGUUAUGUUCUGAGAAUCCUACCAGAUUAGGUUACCAGUGAUCAGUGAGCCUAUGUCUAUCAGGAAGGUAGACAUCUGGAGCGUGGGAUGAUUGCCCCAUCAGCACAGCAUUGGGUAAUUGAGGAGAAUUAAGGAUGGAAAUGUGAAAGCAUUAGCACAGCAUUGGGUUUGGGUAUCCGCUUAAACAUGUAUAUGGAUAUCCGUAUUCGUAUCCGUUUCUAAUGUGGAAGAUAAAAUGGAUGUAUCCGUAUCCUCUUUGCAAAUCUGGAAACGGAUCCGGAUAUCCAAAUUUCAGAUGGAUACGGAUGUGAAAGCAGAUACUAUAUGUAUCUGCCGCAGAUAUUUCAGCCUCCCGCCAUGCUCGCGCACAGGCGCACUUGCCGCGCCGCCGCCGCCGCCCUAUUCACGGUUUCCUGCGCUGCAUUCCCGCCCGGCCGUCGUGCACGCGCGAAAAUCAGACCUUGCGCGCCAUUACUGACCAUCCAUCCAGCCGUUUCCCAUUCAGUCAUUCUAUUCUCCAGUUCCAAAAUUCCCCAGCUCACAGCUCUUGCAGCUCGCACCCUACCUGCUUGGCACUGGCGGCACCCCAGCACGCCUCUGCAGCUGUUGCUGGCACCUCUGCUCCGCGGUGUGCUGCCAAGUUCCUCUCCCGGUGGCCGCAAUGGUGGGCCGCGGCUCCACUCCCACAACAACCAACAAAGAGCACAGUGCCAAUUGGUGGCCCCUCCUCCCGAUGCCCUUCAGAUCUGCUGCUCAACCAGCAAAGAUUGGAGCAGGAGUAGUGAAGCUGAUCAAUAAUCAUGGUUUCAAGAAACGCAAGGUCAUCGAGAAAUAAGCAGCCUACAAGGGUGCCAUCUAUAAAUGGAAGAGAACCGGAUGCUAGUGAGAGGGAGACAGAGCCUAGUAUAGAGGCUACUGGUGCAGCUGGUGAUGGAAUUGAGGUGUUGCCAACAAGAAGAAGUUCGGUCACCAAAAUAAAGGGUCCGAAGAAGAAACUUCACCUGUUUGGAAACAUUUCACUGAAAGAAAAGGUGGAUGGCAUGGCUGUCAUGAAGAGGACGGCAGAAUGCAACUAUUGUGAAGAGGUUCUUUGUGCCCCAAGUAAGCAGAUGCUCUUCACUUCAAAAGGGUUUUCCCAAGGCUUAUUCUACUCUAUUCUGGUAAAUAUAGCCCAUUUGCUCCUACAAUAGAAGUUGAGGUAAUGCUACUGAUCUGUGCAAAUGCUUAGAGAUCUUUUAUGAAGCUACAAAAAUUCUCUCGGGGUCUCAUUAUCCAACAGCAAAUUUAUUCUUUUCAGAAUUUUGUGAAAUUAAUCUCAAGCUUAUUGAGUGGAACAAAAGCAGGGACAGUUUCAUUGUUUCUAUGGCAAAGUCCAUGAAGGAGAAAUUUGACAAGUGUUGGGGGGUGAGCAAUGUUGCUUUAGCAGUUGCAUGCUUCUUAGAUCCUCUACAAGAUGAAGGUGGUUGAAUUUUAUUAUAGUGAGAUGUCAGAUGAUUAUGGAUUUGACGAUAUGUAUGAAUUUUAAAAAAUUGUGCAGAAGCUUUAUGAUUCAUAUUCCUACAUGUAUGCUGCUUCUGACACAAGCCCUAUGCAAAACAGUCAAGCUAGAACUGCUAGAACUUCUCAGUGCUACGUGGACUUAAAUGAGGAGCCUAAGAGAAAAAGAUUGAGUUCUUUUCUAAGGGACAACACUGGAACAAGCCAUGAGCUCUUGGACUCUGAUCAGUAUUGCAAUGAACCACUAUUAAGUUGGAAAGAAGGUGAUUAUUUUGAUAUUUUGAGUUGGUGGAAGACCCAUGGUGUAAAGUAUCAUGUCCUUGCCCGGAUGGCAAGGGAUGUUUUGGCUAUUCCUGCAACGACAGUAGCAUCUGAAUCUGCCUUUAGUCUUGGAGGAAGGAUUGUUGACAAAUAUCGUAGCCGAUUGGACCCUCAAGUUGCUGAGGCACUUGUUUGCACUAAGGAUUAGAUUUCAGCUUCAAGGCAAAAUUGUAGUAAUAUAUCGUCCAUUCUUGGCAUAGUUCUCAAGGCGUCGCCUAGGCAUCCAUGCGCCAUCCACCGAUUUGCGCCUUGCUCGCCUAGGCGUCCAGCCGCCCCACCUUGCUAGGUGUCCGCCUUACCGCCUUGAGAACUAUGAUUCUUUGUGAUUUGGCUGGUCUUAGUAUGAAUGAUGAUAAUGCCAAACAAGAUGUUGCUCCUGCUGAUGACGGUGACAGUAUUUUGGACAUGGAAGAGGAAGAAAAUUAGGACUACUUCUGCCUCAGGCUAGCAGAAAGUGCCCAAGUGGUGGCCUGCCGGGAGUGCUAUUGCCUGCUGCUGAAAGUGUUUUGCUUAAUUUUAUCAGUUCACUACUACUAUGAGCUAAAUGUCAUGUAUUUUGAUCUGCAAGCUCAAUAUCAUGUAUUUUGAUCAGGGACCUCUGUAUUUGCCCGUUAGGGACCUACUCAAGUACUCCAUGUCAGAUACUGCCUUGAUCUUAUGUCU